CAUGGCCCGGGCUCCGGCAUCCAACCUGCUGCCGCUGCGCCGCGGCCGAGCGGAGCGAGCCCCGCGCGCCGAGCACACGCUCGCGCCGCACACAGCCCCUCUUCUCUCCUUCGCGGUUCAUGACCGCGUCUCUCGGCCGCAGCCUCCGCGAGCGCUCGCCUCAGGACCGCUGCCUGUUCCCCGCCGCCGUCGCCGCCGCCAGGGCCCCGGCUCGCACCCAGGCAGGAAGGCAGGCGCGGCGUGCGCCCCGCCGAGCCCGCGACCCCUGCCCGCUGCCGGCUGCCCGGCCCGGCUGGCACCAUGCUGCCCGCGCGCUGCGCCCGCCUGCUCACGCCCCCCUUGCUGCUCAUGUUGGUGCAGCUGUCCCCGGCCCGCGCCCACCGCACCACGGGCCCCAGGUUCCUAAUAAGUGACCGUGAUCCUCAAUGCAACCUUCACUGCUCCAGGACUCAGCCCAAACCCAUCUGUGCCUCUGACGGCAGGUCCUAUGAGUCCAUGUGCGAGUACCAGCGAGCCAAGUGCCGAGACCCAAACCUGGGUGUAGUCCAUCGAGGGAGAUGCAAAGAUGCCGGCCAGAGCAAGUGUCGCCUGGAGCGGGCUCAAGCCCUGGAGCAGGCCAAGAAGCCGCAGGAGGCCGUGUUUGUCCCAGAGUGUGGCGAGGAUGGCUCCUUUACCCAGGUGCAGUGCCACACUUACACAGGCUACUGCUGGUGUGUCACCCCGGAUGGGAAGCCCAUCAGUGGCUCGUCUGUGCAGAACAAAACUCCUGUAUGUUCAGGUUCAGUCACCGACAAGCCCUUGAACCAGGGUAACUCAGGAAGGAAAGUCUCUUUUCGCUUUUUUUUAACCCUCAAUUCAGAUGACGGAUCAAAGCCGACACCCACGAUGGAGACCCAGCCGGUGUUUGAUGGAGAUGAAAUCACCGCUCCCACUCUAUGGAUUAAACACUUGGUGAUCAAGGACUCCAAAAUGAACAACACCAACAUAAGAAAUUCAGAGAAAGUCCACUCUUGUGACCAGGAAAGGCAGAGCGCCCUGGAAGAGGCCCGGCAGAAUCCCCGCGAGGGCAUUGUCAUUCCGGAGUGUGCCCCUGGGGGCCUCUAUAAGCCGGUGCAGUGCCACCAGUCUACUGGCUACUGCUGGUGUGUGCUGGUGGAUACAGGGCGCCCGCUGCCCGGGACGUCCACACGCUACGUGAUGCCCAGUUGUGAGAGCGACGCCAGAGCCAAGAGCGCCGAGGUGGAUGACCCCUUCAAGGACAGGGAGCUACCAGGCUGUCCAGAAGAGAAGAAACUGGAGUUUAUCACCAGCCUCCUGGACGCUCUCACCACCGACAUGGUUCAGGCCAUUAACUCAGCAGCGCCCACUGGAGGUGGGAGAUUCUCAGAGCCAGAUCCCACCCACACCCUGGAGGAGCGAGUGGUGCACUGGUACUUCAGCCAGCUGGACAGCAACAGCAGCAGUGACAUUAACAAGCGGGAGAUGAAGCCCUUCAAGCGCUACGUGAAGAAGAAAGCCAAGCCCAAGAAAUGUGCCCGGCGCUUCACCGACUACUGUGACCUGAACAAGGACAAGGUCAUCUCGCUGCCUGAGCUAAAGGGCUGCCUGGGUGUUAGCAAAGAAGGUGGUAGCCUUGGCAGCCUCCCCCAGGGAAAAUGAGCAGGCACAAACCCUCUCAGACGCCUCGUCUAAGGAGCAGAAACCAGAGGGCAGGUGCAGAGCCGAGGGAAACAAGAUGCACCAUCAGACCCCUGACCUCAGCGCUGCCCACGGCCCCGCCACAUCCCCUGUAACAUAAGUGACGCCCACCAUGUUUGCACUUUUAAUAACUCCUAUUUGCGUGUCUUGUGUUCGGUUUCAUUUUUAAACACCAGUAUCUAACACCACAGUGGGAACAGGAAGGGGAAGAAAGACUGCUUCUUCUCUCUCUCAUUGUAAGUUUUUGGAUCUGCUACUGACAACUUUUAGGGGAUUUUUUUAGGGGGGAGGCGGGGAAGGGUGUUGUUGGAACUGAGAAGAAAGAGAUUUAUAUACUGUACAUAAAUAUAUAUGUAAAUUGUA